CACCCACUUUCGUUACGACUGUGCGUUCACACAUCUUUCAGCUGGCAUUUAAAAUAUGGCUUCGAUUACCAAAUAUUUUUUAAUAUGCGUAUUCAUUCUGCCAUUGGUGUAUGGUGAUACCCCUGGUAACUGUACAUACGACUCCAUUCUCGGCAGCUGGGAGUUUUCCAUCGGUGAAACUGGUCAUGAUAAUUCAGUGAACUGCACAGGUUUUACAGCUCCAGUGUUACAGAAGUUAACAAUAGAGCUGUACUUCCCAGAUGUAGCAUUUGAUAACUAUGGCAACAAAGGAGUCUGGAUACUCGUGUAUAAUCAAGGAUUUGAAGUUGUUCUGAACAACAGAAAGUAUUUUGCAUUUUCUAAAUAUGUAAAAAGUGGUGAAAACUACACCAGUGUGUGCAGCGAAACAUUACCAGGAUGGUCACAUAAUAUAGAUGGCAAUGAUUGGGCAUGUUACUAUGGUAAAAAAAUAAACACAAAAGACAGACUACAAACUGUACAAGUCAAAUACACAUUUCAACCACCUAAACCAGCUCCAAUCACCUCACAGUCUGCUCAGAUUGCUGCCAAUUUACCAGCAGAAUUUGACUGGCGGAACGUGGGCGGAGUGAACUAUGUAACACCUGUACGAAAUCAAGCAUCAUGUGGUAGCUGCUUUGCAUUCGCAUCCGCUGGAAUGUACGAAUCAAGGCUAAAAGUGAUGACUGCUAAUGAAGUGAAUAUAACAAUAUCACCACAAGAUGUGGUCCAGUGUUGUAAUUACUCCCAAGGGUGCUCUGGCGGUUUUCCAUACUUGGUUAGCAAGUAUUCUGAAGACUUUGGAUUUGUAGAAGAAACCUGCCUGCCAUACACCGCUCAAGAUGGACCAUGUGUCAGUGAGAUAAAAUGUAAACGACAUUACGGAACAAAGUACCGCUAUGUUGGUGAUUUCUAUGGUGGAUGCAAUGAGGCCUUAAUGAAAAUUGAACUUGUCAAAAAUGGACCAAUGGCUGUUGCUUUUAUGGUUUAUGAUGAUUUUAUGUCCUACCAAGGCGGUAUUUACCACCACACUGGGUUACAGGAUAAAUUUAACCCAUUCGAAAUCACAAAUCAUGCCGUACUGUUGGUCGGGUAUGGAUACGAUCAUGAUACCAAAGAAAAGUUUUGGAUUGUCAAAAAUAGCUGGGGUACUGGAUGGGGGGAGGAGGGUUAUUUCCGUAUUCGUAGAGGUAAUGAUGAAUGUUCAAUUGAAAGCAUUGCUGUGGAGUCAACGCCAAUUCUAUAAAUUGAUGUACUUAAUAUUAUAAAUUGUACUGUCCCUUAGAGUUUAGUUUGUGCGUUUUAAUUACCAUAUGAUGAACAGCAGCUUAAAGCGAGAGGGUCGUCACCUGAGCACACGAGGGAAUUAAGUCCAAAGCGAUGAUAACCACGCUAAAAGCGCAAAGGCUCAUGGGUAAACGCUUCUUUGUAAACAUUGACACACUAUGGCCAUCUGAAGCAUCCGCAGGCGACGGCUCCCUCGCUUUAAUUAAUUACCAUAUAAUUUCAGUUGUGGCAUAAACUUGUAAUGCAAUCAUUCCAGUGAGCGUCUCAUAGCUUUGCUGUUAACACUUGAUGUACAUGCUUGGAGUUAUGGAUUAUUAGCAUUUGUUUGAUAAUAAAAUUGGAUUGGAAUUUUAACAUAUACAAGAA